GUAACUCUGAAAAGGAAACCUUGAAAUCUAUAGUGUACUCAAUAUUCGAAUAUUACUGUAUGCAUUAAUUGACCUAUUGAUGGAAACCAGAAGGAUUUCGGAAAUUGUUGUCUCGUUUUCAUAAAUCUAGUUUGUGCAUUGUGGAUUUUUCUACCAUAAUAUCAACACAUAAUUGAUCUGUGUAUUUCUACUGUAGAUUGAUAUUGUUAAAAUCACAAUUAAACAUAAUAAUCAGACCCACAUUUAUGCAACAUCACCGGAGGACUCUCUCUGUCGUAUGUAGUCUCAUCGCGGUCUCUUUCCUCUAACAUGGCAUUCAAGGCAUGUCCUAUAUACAUAUUUUCCAAGGCGUUUAAUAGUUAAUUUCUUGGCUUCUGUCAUUAGAAAUACCAUUCUACUCAUGCACCUCAUAAAUGAUACUAAUAACUAAAAUAUAAUGCAGGUAUUUGCACUGGCCGCUCUUGUGGUCGUCGCCAUGGCCCGUCCAGAUAACCCACCAACAUAUGGCUACUCUGCUCCCACACCCUCUUACGCACCCGCCAAGUACGACUUCAACUACGCUGUAAACGACCCACCAUCUGGUAACGACUUCGGACAUGAGGAAGCCCGUGAUGGCGACCGCACACAGGGAUCCUACUACGUCCUUCUUCCUGACGGUCGUCUGCAGAGGGUCACCUACAAUGUGAACGGAGAUUCUGGUUACGUGGCUGAUGUCACCUACGAGGGAGAAGCUCAGUACCCCACCCCAAAGGCCUCUAUGGCCCUCCUAAGCCUUCCUACAUGCCUCCCACCCCCUCUUAUGCUUAAGGAACAAUACAAUGAUAUUUAUUGA